AUGGUGCCGUUGCAGGUGGCCGGGUCCGGCGCGCACCACCCUUUGCCGCACAAACAGCCUUUGGCGUUGCGGUCCACGUCGCUGUGGAUGCAGUCGAGGCUGUGGGAGCCGUUGUACCAGGAGAAGGUGGUUACGGUCCAAUUGGGGAGGGGGCAGCCAUCGGGUGGGACGAUGGAGGAGAGAACGGUGGGGAGAAAGGCUGAGAGAGCCGUCAGAGUGAAGGUAGAACGCAUCAUGGCUGGGAUUGGUGGUGGGUUCAAUGUGAAGAUGGGUGUGAGGUUAGGAAUGCAGCCGCUUUAA